AUUGCCAAGAGAAGAAAAAAGCGAAAUAAUAUAAUAAAAACCAAAACCCUAGAAUUCAUAGUUGACAAUAGAGCUGAUAGAUAGUUCUCCGUUUCCGCGGCACCAUUCACUGAGUGUUAGAGAAACCCUAAAAAAUGGACUUCGACGAGUACGAAUACUUGGAGAAGACAGUGGAGGACCACGACGACAAAGACUCCUCUAAGCUCAAGAAGAAGGACUCCACCGACAGAACAGAUAGGUCUUACCGCAAGCGUGACGUUGACGACGAUCUCGACGCUGCCGACGACAAGCGCACCAAGCGCUCCAGGCACGACGACGACGACACCACUGGCUCCAAGAGGGACCGUGACCGUGACCGCGAACGGUCCAGCCGUGACAGGGAGCGCCACCGCAGCGAGAGGGAGAAGGAUAGGGAUAGGGAUAGGGACGGGGAGAGGAGCAGCAGAGAAAAAGAGAAGGAGAGGGAUCGGGAUAAGGACAGAGAGAGGAGGGACAGAGACAGAGAUAGAGAUAGGGACAAGGAGAGGGAGAGGAGAGAUAGGGAGAGAGAAAAGGAACGCGAGAGAAGGGAGAGGGAGAGGGAGAAGGAAAAGGAGAAAGAGAGAGAGGAGAGAGAGAGAUCCAGGAGGAGCAGGAGUCGUUCCGAGAGAGACAGAGACAGAGAAAGAGAACCAGAUUUCGAAUCUCGCGAUGGCCGGAGGUUUAGGGAUAAAAAAGAGGCUGCGGAGCCCGAGGCAGACCCAGAAAGGGAUCAGAGAACUGUUUUUGCCUAUCAGAUGCCCUUAAAAGCAACAGAGAGAGAUGUAUAUGAAUUCUUCUCAAAAGCUGGCAAGGUUAGAGAUGUUCGUCUGAUCAUGGAUAGAAACUCAAGACGUUCUAAAGGAGUUGGGUACAUUGAAUUUUAUGAUGCAAUGUCAGUGCCAAUGGCAAUUGCUCUUUCUGGCCAGCUUCUUCUUGGUCAACCUGUAAUGGUGAAACCUUCUGAGGCUGAAAAGAACCUUGUUCAAUCUACUGCUUCCACUGGAGCUGCUGGCGUAGCAGGACCAUAUGGUGCCAUGGACAGAAAGCUGUAUGUGGGCAAUCUUCAUUUCAACAUGACUGAGAGUCAGCUGCGAGAGAUUUUUGAGCCAUUUGGGCCAGUGGAGGUUGUACAACUGCCUCUUGACUUGGAGACAGGACACUGCAAAGGUUUUGGGUUUGUUCAAUUUGCCCAUCUUGAACAUGCCAAGGCAGCACAGAAUUUAAACGGAAAAUUGGAGAUUGCUGGCAGGACUAUCAAGGUUUCAUCUGUAACUGAUCAUGUUGGGAGCCAAGAUACAACUGCAAAAUCUGCAGAUCUUGAUGAUGAUGAAGGUGGAUUGGCUUUAAAUGCACAAUCAAGAGCAUUGCUUAUGCAGAAGUUGGCAGACCGCCAUGGCCUUCCUGGAAGCAAUGGGGUGCCUGCUGUGAAUGGGGCUGUUCCUAUUCAGCCAACCAUGGGUUUGCCUAUUGGUAAUCCAGGUAUAAUACCUGCACCUGCUCUCCCAACUCAAAUUUUGCCUACUCCAGUGGCAGAACCUGUAGGGAUCCCCAGUGAGUGUUUGCUGUUGAAGAAUAUGUUUGACCCUAGCACCGAGACUGAGCCAGAUUUUGAUAUAGACAUUAAAGAGGAUGUAGAAGAAGAGUGUUCUAAAUAUGGCCGGGUGAAGCAUAUUUAUGUUGACAAAAGAAGUGCGGGUUUUGUAUAUUUGCGGUUUGAAACGGUGGAAGCAGCAAGCGCUGCACAACGGGCAAUGCACUUGAGAUGGUUUGCACGCAGAUUGAUUUCAGCUGUGUUCAUGCAACCUCAGGUCUACGAAGCUAAGUUUAAAGGAGAAGACUGAAGUAGUGCAUACAGGCCUCGAGAGAAGGUACUGCCGUACUAUGGAUACAAUAUUUUUUGUGGGUCUGAAAUAUCCGGGGAUACAAUCUGAAUAUUUUGUUGGGUCUAGGUUUUCAUAAAUUAACAGUUUAUAGGUUGAUUCCUUAGUUGUGCUAGGUGUAUGAUUACAGAAAUUGUAAUGUGAGGAUGGUAUAUUUGAAAUCAGUUUGCCAUCUCCCAUUUCAAUGUAUUUUAACCCUCGUACCCUUUGUCUUUCACCCUGUUUGUAAUGUGGAAUGCCCUCAAGGAAUACUUUUUUAUUUUUCUUUAUUAUUUGAUGAUUCUAGGCUUAAGGAGUUCUUUUA